AGAGAGAUAGGGUAGAGGACACCACCGGAAGUUGAAAAGUUAGUUCAACUACACACAUCGCCGGAAAAAGAAGAAUGGGUCGGAGAAAGCUCGAAAUGAAGCGGAUCGAAGACAAGAGCAGCAGGUUAGUCACUUUCUCCAAGAGGAGAUCAGGGUUGUUUAAGAAAGCUCGCCAUCUUUCCGUCCUCUGUGACGCAGAUGUCGCCGUCAUCGUCUUCUCCGCUAGAGGGAAGCUCUAUGAGUUUUCUAGCGGCAGUACUACUAGUAACAGUAUGGAUCGUAUUAUUUCUAGAUACCAGAGAAGCUGCCUUGGAACAGGAGAGACAACCACCAAUGGAGCGCUCAAAGAUCUAGAAUUUCUCCUGGAGUGCAAUAGAUUCCAAACAUGCAAAGAGCUUCUACAGACAGUGGACAGGCUUACUGAAGAGAGUAAUGCAGAAGAGCUCUCUGUGAAUGACAUGACACAACUAGAACAAGAACUUGAUGCUGCUCUCACGCAAAUACGAUUAAGAAAGACACAACUAAUGAUGGAGUACAUAUCAACCCUUAAAGAAAAGGAAAACAAGCUUAGUGAAGAAAUAGAAGAAUUGAAAAAACAGGUUACUUCAGCAGAGGAGAAUGAUGUUGAUGAUGGAGGUAGCGGUCAUAAAGACCUUGUAAAUAACCAGAUCAAUUCACCCCACCUUACAACACUCCACCUUUUCAAUGGAUAGAAUCUGUGCUUCACAAAUAAUAACAGCAAAUAAUCCAAAUAAACGUAUUGGAUUUGGUAUUUUAUUACUGAUUCUUGCUAUGUUAUCAAUUGAUGUUUGGAGGAAAUAUACGCACACAACACCUUAGCUUCA